AUGUUCGGGGGCGGGUCCAGCUCUGCCGCGGCAAGAUCUGAGCCCGCGGUCUCCGAAUCUGGCAAAUCGGACAAGAAGCUAUCGUCGCCAGACCGAAAACACGAAUCCGCUCCUACUGCCGCCCCGACGAAAUCUCCCGACCAUGCUACCAGUGGCGAGAAGCGCAGUGGGAAUAGCAGCCCUCCUGGGCGACAUAAUUCUGACACAGGCAACUCGGAGAAGAAGCGCAGGAGUUCUGGGGUCGGGAGCAAAGCUAGCAGCCUCAUAGCCAGCGCUAAGAAUAGCUUGAAUUUUGGCCAAGUCGGCAGAUCAAAUAGUGAUGUAAGCAAUCAAAGUCCUCUACAAAAGUUAGGAAAGCAGGACCAAUCGCUCGCGGUGCCCCAGGGGCAGCACAACAACUCGGCCGGCGAUUCCGUCCCCGGGCCACGCUCCACUUUCCGCGUCGGAGUUUGGGAGGAUAGGAACAAGAAAUGUCGACGUACUAUGGAAGAUACGCAUGCGUUCCUCUACAACUUUCUGCAUACUCCGGCGCCCCUCCUCGCCCCCGAUUCUGGCGGGAAAGGCUCCAAGUCUCAGAAGUCUUCCACCGAGGGCAGCGAUCAUCAGUCUGAUGCGAAUUCGCAAGAUAUGAUCGAGACCGACAAUGGAUACUUUGCCAUAUUCGACGGGCAUGCCGGUAGCUUCGCCGCGGAUUGGUGCGGCAAGAAGCUGCAUCUCAUUCUCGAGGACACCAUUCGACGAAACCCCAAUGUCCCUAUUCCCGAGCUGCUCGACCAGACCUUCACCGAUGUCGAUGCCCAACUAGAAAAGCUGCCUCUCAAGAACAGCGGGUGCACGGCGGCGAUUGCCGUUCUACGCUGGGAAGAUAGGGUGCCCAGCUCAACGUCGGCGACUGGCUCUCAGGCUAUUGCUCCGGCUGCGGCGGCGGCUUCGAAAGUAGCGGACUCAUCCAAGUUCAAAGACGGUAAGCUCGAGGACGAUACCGGUGGCAAUUCCAUCCUUGAGUCGACACACGCGAAACUAAGGAGCGCUGCAGUGCGGCAACGGGUUCUCUACACCGCAAACGUGGGCGACGCUCGCAUCGUGCUCUGCCGAGCCGGCAAAGCCUUGCGUCUCUCUUACGACCACAAGGGCAGCGACGAGAACGAGGGAAAGCGCAUCGCGAAUGCCGGAGGGCUGAUCCUCAACAACCGCGUGAACGGGGUGCUGGCUGUUACCAGAGCCCUCGGAGAUACCUAUAUGAAGGAUCUCGUGACGGGACAUCCAUACACUACCGAAACCGUCAUCCAACCGGAAGCAGAUGAAUUCUUCAUCAUCGCUUGCGAUGGGCUCUGGGACGUCUGCAGCGAUCAGGACGCGGUGGACCUAGUCCGCGAUGAACAAGAUCCCGUGAUCGCCUCCAAGAGACUUGUUGACUAUGCGCUGGCUUCGUUUAGCACGGAUAACUUGUCGUGCAUGAUUGUCCGAUUUGACAGGGCCGCCCUAUUAGGCCACCAGAAUAACAAGGACAAUCUUAUCGGCGUGGAGGGAGAUAGUACGGGCGCGAGUGGCAGAGUCAGCGAAGCUGACAAGAUCGUCAACGCCACGAAGCAAAAGAUUGCCGACGGCGAAGCCCCAGCCAUCGGCAUAUCUGCUAGCAACGGUGGCAAGGGCCACGACAUCAUCGCAGUUGAUGAUGGGGAGACUUUCAAACCAACUGUCAUCGAGGGAUCCGUCGAAGAAGAACCUCCCUCUUUAGAGGAAAGCGACGCUCCAGAGAUCACUACCGACGCGAUUCCCAAGCCCGGUGGACUAGCCUCGCCGGAAGGCACAUCCCCCAAAGUCUCCAGGUCGCCGCCGAAGCCCUAA